AUGUACUCUGCCUCCAUUUUAAAAGACUUCUAUGAAGCUCUUUUAAAAGCUUACUCAAUAAGAUUGAAAUUGGAAUCAAUGAUUCAGAUGGUGGACAGAACAUUGAAUUGGUGCACCAUGAAGGAAGGGUUUACGGAGCUUAGAGCUCUUCUGUUCAAUAACAAUACACUCUCUAUAUAUGAUAUAAUUUGGUAA